AAGUGUUACUAAACCCACAACAGUAAAAUUGGUCUGUAUAUGCAGUAAAGCAUGCUUGUUAUACUCACUGUGGAACCUAAGGGGUUAAUCCUCUGCAUUGUGUAAAAAGGAUGUUUGAUCCUGUCUUCUCUGAUCUUCCUCUUCUUCUACUGUCCCCAAUCCAUCUGCUGAUAGAGCAGAGCAUUGGGGGCAACCUGCACAUGCUCAAUUUGGUGUGUAUUGCUAGAGAGGUUUUUUUUUCUUGGAGAGUGCAUGUGAUCAGCACAGGGCCAAUCAGCACUGUCCAGACAGAAGUCAGGGGUUCUGCAUCCUCCUAAAGAAAACUCCUCCUACAAGCUUUAACCAGUGCAGAACACUGAUAAAAGUCACAAGACUGCUCUAAACUGUCAAUGAGAAAAGGUAUUUAGCAGUUUAUAUUUACUAAAAUAAUUGCAUUUCCAUGUUCCGUGUACUGUGGGGGACCAGAUAUAGUGAAUGCAGGGUCCUGGG